AUGGUUCUCCAACGUAAACCCGGCAGGGAACACAUUCCCAACUAUCCUCCUGGAUGGGUUACCAUUCGAUACCUCCAGCUUUUCCUCGCCAUUGCCAUUCUUGGUCUGUCGGCUUACACAAUCUACGCGACCCGAGCAGCGGCUGCUACCAACGGCCUGGGACUGUUCUCUGCUCUUGUCACAGUCAUCAUUAGCAUCUGGCUGAUUUGUGCGCACACGUGCUCUCCCGGCGCGUACAACUACUGGGCCAACUUGUUCUGGGAUCUCUACCUCUACAUCUUCUGGCUCACUACCUUCUCCCUGGCCGCUGUCUGGGCUGGUCUUAUUUUUGCCGCUGACAGCAUUUACCACACCAAGCGGAAAUCAUACAGCUUUUGCGACAACUACUUCGAUAACUAUGACGAUGUCGGCUACUACAACAAGUACUGCAAGGGCAACGGCGGCUACUUCUAUGGAGUGGACUACAAGGUCUUUGGCGGUGUUGUCGCUGGUAUUGCUGGCCUUGGUGCCAUCGAGUUCCUUUUGUUCUUCAUCGCCUGGGUGACGGACGCCGUCGUCAUCUACCGACACCGCCGCGACGGUGGCCAUGCUCGAAAGGGCCGCGCCAUUGCUGGAUCAGCUGCUGCUCCUUACCAGGUCCAGAUGCAGCCCCAGGUCAAGUCGGACUAUCACGCCGUUCCUCAGCAGGGCAUCCCAUUCACCCAGCAGGAGACCGCCUACCACCCCCAGGGAAUGUACAACCCUCCUCAGCAGCAGCCAUUCUACCCGCCUACUCAACCUAUCGCCCCUCAGCACACUGGCAACACGUUCGUCCAGACGCACACCCCUCCUCCCGGAGGUUAUCCUGCUCCUCAGUAUCCUCCUCAGCAGCCUGCUGCUCCAUACCACCCGAAUUACUAA